AGAAAGAAAGAAAGGUUUGAGGCAGUGGGUGUGGGAGGAUAAGUUAUAAUGGGACUCGAAGGCCAAACAGGAGUUUACAUUUGUUUCUGGUGGUUAUAGGGACACACUGGAGUUUAGUAAAUUGGGGGGGAAGGGGGGUUCCAUGAGGCCACCAUGGCAGCCAAGUGACUUGGUUGCACUUGCAUUUUAUUUUAUUUUAUUUUUUGCACUUGCAUUUUAGGAAGAGGAGCUAUUGCUAUAGUUGUUUGCUUGGCUAACACAAAGAGCAAGCAUCCUCUUUGUUUCCCUGUUUUUGUUGUGGCAAUGAGUGCUUUGAGAAGCCUUUUUUUUUUGGGGGGGGGUCUUCCUGGCACUGAGCUGCUUAUUAUUAUUAUGCCGGGUAGUGGACAUGUAGUUUAUCGGCUUUUCUUAUAUGAUCCCAAAUUGUUUCCCAGAAAGGUUGAACCAGUACACCACUCCACCAAUGCUUUCAGCAUUCCUGCUUUACUCGGCCCCUUCCCUUUAGCUACCACCCACUGGUCUGAGUUCUAACUGCCUAUUUGAGAUAAAUAAACUCAUGUUCUCCACCCCCAGUCAAUUUUCUCUUCAGACUGACCAUCUCCUGUUCUGCCUAUGCCAUGGUGACCAGACCUGGUUCUGUUCUCACCUUUCAUUGACCAAUGAUAAGGCACACACAGACUGCUGCCUUCUGCAGAUGGGUCAAGAAUGGGUAGAGCACUUAGAAGACUCGCUUCUGACAAACUGUAUAUAACCCUUCUUUUAAAAGCUGCUGAGAGAGCUCAGACGGGAAAUACAGAAGACAAGAGUCUCCUAGUAGAUUGAGAGCUUUGGAUUCAAUACCCCAACAACUAUAAUAGUUCUUAACUUUGGAUGCCCCCCCCCUAAAAUCAGUUUUAUUUACACCCACUGCUAACUGAAAUUUGGCAUUUUCUUCAAUUGUGAAUUUCUUAGAACACCUGAGGAGGGGCAGCGAGUUGGUGCAGUGGAUAAAGCACUGGCCCAGGAUUCAGGAGGACCUGAGUUCAAAUCUGGCCUCAGACACUUGACACUUACUAGCUGUGUGACCCUGGGCAACUCACUUAACCCCAAUUGUCUCACCAAAACAAACAAACAAACAAAAAAAUACCUGAGGAGCUCAGGUUUCGCUAGACUGCCUAAGGGUUCAUGUUAUAAAGAAGAUGAAGACCACCCCAAUGGGGAAUGGUGGGUGCUUAGAGGUGAGGGUACCUUGAGGUGACACGGUUGAGAUGUGACAAGAAGGGGGGGGUGUUCUGGGAUUGUUCAGAGGGAAGGGGAAGCUCUGUUCUAGAGAGGGGAAUGUAGGGGUUGGAGCUGGCUUAGGAGAAAGGUUGGCUGACGGUUGGCCACUCUGAAGAUUGUUGAUGAAAUAGUGGUUCAGCAUCUGACUUUCUGGGAAUUUGCCGCCCUGAAGAUUUCCAGAAAACAGCCCCAAACGUCCUAUAUGCUGGGCAUAACCUCUCAGGCUGUUCUAGGAGAAUCAGUCUAGUAGGAUCUGGAGUCCAAAGCUCUGGUUUUGAAUCCUGCCCAAGUGACUUUGCUGUAGGACUUAGGGUAAGUCACUGUCCUCAGUUCCCCUCCUCAUGUAAAAUGGGAACCUUGUGCUGUCCCUCUCUAGAGCCAACAAGUAGCAGUUUUCUCACCUGAAACAAGAGGUUCAAAAAGAUCCCCUGAGGUGUUCAGUGGUUAGCCUCCUAAUUAUUCUUACUACCUAGGUACUAAAUGCCUGUGAACCCAGGGGUGGUGGGCCUAAUUGGGGGUAGGGGUGUAACACCUUCCCUUCUCUCCACCCCUCACAAAGGUACGGCCCCAGACUUUGAUCCGUUUUCCUGAAAGCAGUAGGUGAGGCCUAGCUACAAGCUGGGGGUGACGGGCUGGGAUCCUUUACCCAGGUAUGAAGGUGGUGGGAGUAAGCGUUUUGGUGUUCAUCCUUCUCAAGGAGUGAUGUCUUGGCCAUUUUACCUCAGUAGGGAAAGGAGUUAAUUGCCCCCUGGUAUCCUCCCCUCACAAAUCUCUGGGAAGGCUCAGCCUCGGGGGCUGGAGGCAGCCCAGGAUGCUCACAGGCAAGAAAGGGCGGGCCCUUCUAACCCUGGUGCUUCCUGGUGCUGGACCCCUCCCGGCCCCCCCAGUCCUCCAGGUCCAGCCACUUCUUCCUCCUAGACCGGGAUAGAGCAGUAGUAGAUGUCUAAUGUCCCAGCUGAGACUGGUGGGCAAAAACUCCAUGCUUGUCUCCUGUGCCCGUCAACCAAGUUUGCCCACAUGGAGAAGUGAUGCCCGGCUCCACCUUUCCCGGACUCCAGCGGAAUGGUGUUGGCUGCCAGGGCAAGUAUGUUGUAUUCGCUGGGGGUUAUUAAUAUUGGCGCGUGGGCAGUGACUACUGGAGAGGUCCCACCUCUUCCAUGAAUGGAUUUAGAGCCAUUUUCUUCAUUGACUUUUGGCCAGGACCCUCUAAAUUCUGAUGCCUGGGGGGAAGCUCUGGUUGUCUCACUCUGGUGAUAGCCGAUAAACUCACAGGUUUAUUGGAAGGUGCUUUGCGGGUAAGCUCUCGGAACUCACAACACGCUCCCCAAAACCUCCGAGUAAUGCUACAGGAAGGUGCUUUGCAAACUGUUAAUGAGUAGCAUAGAAACCUGAGCCAAUGGAAUGGGGUGGGGGCAGGGCCUCCCUUUGUGAGCUGGUCCUAUCCGAGUACAUUCCGUCACUCCCUUGGGAGAAGGGGCUGGCAGAUCCUGGUUCUGGGGAAACUGAUCUCACCAUGCUAGGGUCCCUGUGCCCUAGGAUUGGACUGGGGCUCUUGCUCCUCACCCUUGUCCUGGUAGCUGCACAACUUCGGCCUCAGCCUGGGCUUCAGAGGUUUCAGCCCUUCUCCGUUCCUGAAGAGGUAGACACCAGGGAGCUUCCUAAUGGCCUGGUGGAUGAUUAUGGGAUCCUUCCUAAGCAUCCAGGACCUCGAGUUGCCCAUCCCCUCCUCUCCAGAGCCCAGAAGCACAAGCGGGAUGGGCCAGAUUUGUCUGAGUAUGACUAUGAUGCCCACAGGUGAUGAAAAGGCCCUAUAAAGUUAUUGUCUAGGCUGGCUUGGGACUUGAGCUUCCUGGGUACACACACACACACACACACACACACACACACACACACACACACACACACACACACACACACACAUAUACACACCCCUGCUCCAAGACACAAAGCAAGCCCUACAGGAAAUGGCACUUUAAUAGUGGUUGCCAGUUUUUAACGGGCGAGAUGGGCCAAGAUGCGGGAGCCUGGAGGGGACAGUUUUGCCCACUUCUCCCUGCUCAGGCCAGUGGGGUCCAAGCUGCCAUCCUCCUGCCAACACCAGAGGCCCUGGGCUACCCGUGCCGCCCCAGAGCCUUGGAUGCCCUAACCCUGUCGAGGGACCUGCCUGCCAGGGAGUAGGAGAAACUUCCCCUUG